CAAAAAAGCUGUCUGAUUAAUCAACUCGACACAUUUGAUAUUCAUACACAAUGAGCGAAUUCCAACCAGUUGUUGUCGUUGACGGUAAGGGUCAUUUAUUAGGUAGAUUAGCAUCUAUUGUUGCUAAGGAGCUUUUGGAUGGUCAAAAGAUCGUCGUUGUCAGAUGCGAAAGCAUGAACGUCUCCGGUGAGUUCUUCAGAAACAAGUUAAAGUACCACGACUACUUGAGAAAGUCCACCAACUUCAACCACAGAAGAGGUCAAUUCCAUUUCAGAGCCCCAUCCAGAAUCUUCUACAAGGCUGUCAGAGGUAUGAUCCCACACAAGACUGCCAGAGGUAAGGCUGCAUUAGAAAGAUUAAAGGUCUUCGAAGGUGUCCCACCUCCAUACGACAAGAAGAAGAAGAUUGUUGUUCCACAAGCUUUGAGAGUCUUGAGAUUGAAGCCAGGUAGAAAGUACACAACCUUGGGCAGAUUGUCCUCCUCUGUUGGUUGGAAGUACGAGUCCAUCGUCGACUCCUUGGAAGAAAAGAGAAAGGCCAAGGCUGCUGAAUACUACGCCAAGAAGCUCUCUGCUGCUAAGAAGUUGACUGCUGCCAAGGCUACUGUUGCUGGUUCCGAAGCAUCCGAGAAGUUGGCUGCUUUAGGUUACUAAACUAAAUUGUGUAAUUUAAGUAUACUCAAACGAUAGUGAAGAGUUUUCUCUAUACAUAAAACAUGAAAUUUUUAAUUUUAAUACAAGAAACUCCCCCAGGGCCCCAAUUCCGA